AGCAAACAGUCCUUUAUUCCACUAAUGUUUAAUGAAACGCAUUGUUUGCAAUGAAAAUGUAUUCAAAACGUUCAUUUACGAAUUGUCUCCGGUAUCAUACAAACGUGCAAUUACUGGACAAAGAAUUGAUAGCGCAUUUCACGGUACAUGCUAUAGGCGUACGCGCAUUCAUUCGCGCGCUGUGUCCAAACGCGCACGCGUAUCGGGACGAUGAUGCUCGCCGGAGCAGAGAUUGUUAAUGACGGUAGUGUGUCUUAUAAAAAUGAGGCAGAGGGGAACGUGGCAAUAUCCCUGCCUCAUCCAGAAGUCCAGGAGGCGAAUACUUCUAGAAAGCUAAACUCGCCACUAAGGGAAACAGUUGAUAUGCACUUUUCGAAUAUUACAUGCACUGUCAGCUUAGGAUUCAAUAAAGGCCACAAACAAAUUCUGCAUGGUGUCCACGGGAGGUUCAGGCCACGGCAACUGAUCGCCAUCAUGGGCCCAUCUGGUGCCGGCAAGUCGACGUUACUGGACAUCCUCUCAGGCUACCGCAUCUCCAGGGUGGGAGGCGCAGUCUUCAUCAAUGGACGAGGCAGAAUUAUGAAGAACUUUAAGAAGAUGUCGUGCUACAUUCAGCAGGACGACAGAUUGCAGGGUUUGCUGACAGUCGGAGAGAAUAUGGCGCUCGCUGCUGACCUCAAAUUAUCCACAGACAAAGACAAAUAUGAGAAAGGAGAAGUUAUAGAAGAGAUUCUUACCAAUCUGGGAUUAUAUGAGCAUAUCAAUACACGGGGGGCUCAGCUGUCAGGCGGGCAGAGGAAGAGGCUCUCCAUUGCUCUCGAGUUGAUCAGCAACCCUCUCAUCAUGUUCCUCGAUGAACCUACCACUGGAUUGGACAGCUCGUCUUGUUCACAAGUGGUGCAACUGUGCCGUACACUGGCACAUCAAGGGCGCACUAUAGUGUGUACAGUCCACCAGCCUUCUGCGUCACUGUUCGCUAUGUUCGACCAGGUUUACAUUUUGGCGGCUGGCCAGUGUCUCUACCAAGGUACAACGAAGAAUUUAGUGCCAUACUUGGAGCAAGCUGGAGUACCAUGUCCGAUAUAUCACAACCCGGCUGAUUACGUUAUUGAACUGGCUUGUGGAGAAUAUGGCGAUGAUAAAAUCCAAAUCUUAACUUCUAAAGCUGAAAACGGCAGAUCUCUUGAUUUCUUUGAAAACCCACAAACUAUUCCAACAAUGGAGGCUUUGAGGAAACAAUAUCCACUUAGUAUACUGAGGGAACAAGAUACUGGUCCUGGGAUGGAGGAGACGUCACAAUCCAACCAGAGGUCCGUGCUUAUAAGGAGGGGAUUCUUAAAAGCCAAACGCGAUUCUACGAUGACCCACCUUCGAUUGAUAGUGAACGUGGUGGUGGGAAUUAUGCUGGGCAUGCUGUUCAUUGACGCUGGCAACGAGGGCUCCAGGGUUUUAGAAAAUUACAACCUGUUGUUCGCCAUAUUGAUGCACCACAUGAUGUCACCGAUGAUGCUGACUAUUCUCACCUUUCCGUCAGAGAUGUCAAUUUUAUCCAAAGAACACUUCAACAGGUGGUAUUCACUUGGAUCGUAUUACAUAUCAAUAACAAUUGUGGAUCUACCAAUAUCGAUCGUGUCGUGCUUGAUAUUCAGCGUGAUAGUGUACACGAUGUCUGCACAACCAUUGGAUAUAGUGCGUUUCUGCAUGUUCUUCGCCAUCUCGUUAUACACGGUGCUGGUCGCGCAGAGCUUCGGCCUCAUGAUCGGUGCCGCAUUCAACGUUGUCAAUGGCACAUUCCUCGGUCCGACGUUAUCAGUGCCGAUGAUGAUGUUCGCCGGCUUCGGCGUGACGCUGCGUGAUCUGCCGUCGUACUUGUACUGGGGCUCGUACGUUUCGUACUUGCGGUACGGCCUAGAGGGGUUUAUAGGCGCCAUCUACGGACUGGAGCGACCCAUCCUAGACUGCAACCAGGCGCCCUACUGUCACUACAAACAUCCGCGGCAGUUCCUGACGGAGGUAUCGAUGUCACCAGACAUGUUUUGGUGGGACGUGCUCGCCCUCACCGUAUUCGUACUAGUGCUCAGGGUUGCCGCAUUCUUGUUGCUCAAAUGGAAACUCAACGCAGUACGAUAGGCAUAAAAUGCAUUCCUAAAUACAUUUUUUACUUGUUUUACUGUAAUUGGGUGGAUUAAUGGACUGAUUUUGGGACUAAUCAGGUCCAAGAUGUAGCCAAAGAGAUUUUUAUUGUUGUGUGAUUUUAAAAUUUAACCUAGCUUCUUGCUGAAUGUGAUUUAGGAAAAACUAAAUUUUUGUAUUGUAAACUUCCUCUCCAUUACGCACAUUCCUGAAUUCAAAUCUGAAUUCAAAAUUCUGCUGUGAGCUAAAAAAACAUAAGGGAAUAUUUUCUGUAACUAUACUGUGAUAGAUUUCCUUACGAUGUGGAUAGAAAUUAUAGUUAUUUUUUUUUAUAUUUAAAGAUGUGAUUUUUUAGUCAAUUUUUUUAUAUACCAGUUCAAAACUCAAAAUGUGUAAGGGUCGGUGCAUAUCUUACAGAAAAUCCAACAAAUAAUUCACGGAAUACUCCCCCCGCUUCAACCAAAUCACGUGUAUUUUUACCUACAAAAAAAUCUUAAUAUUCGAGUCACACGUGAUUAAUGGACGGACCCUAACCCUUUAAAUCGAGUAAUUGAUCGAUAGUUACUAUGAUAUAAUACGAUUGAAAUACCUGACAAUGACUACGUAGAUAUUUCAACGUAUUGUAAUAGUAAUUUAAAUAUUAUUUAAACGAAUUCUUUCAGUAACUCUCAUGUCUCAUAAGGUUGCCAUCCCCGGGAGUGUUUUUCAAAUUCAACCUUGAAAUCUUGCACUCUUGCAUGUUUUUGUCACAAAAUCUUGGACAUAUAUCUUCCGUUAUUUAUGUGCCGACCUUAAUUAUUGGCUAUUUGACUCAAUAGCUCAUUCUUCUUUUGAUUUAAAGAUUAUAAUUAUAUGUUGAAACAAUUAGUCUAUCUACUUUGGUCCUUUGUGUUAGAAACUUGAUUAGGACUAACAUACGGUUUCUGGAAUUUAAAGUUAAGCAGAGCUCAAAGUGUACUUAAACGUCACUUGAACAUGUUUUCGUUUCUCAUUUUAGUUUUUUCAAUGAUCAGUUGAUAGUAGUUUCAUAAAACUAGUACUUUUUGCCUUGUGAAACGUAAAAACAACUUAAGUUAUUGAGAAUAUUCAGUUGAGAAUUUGUACUUUUCUCAAUUCAGAAACCGGCCGUAUGAGAGAUUGAGUCGAUUUUUUGAUUAAACAAGUGAAAACGGAUAAUACUUUGAGUGGGUCGUCAAAUAUUUCUUUUUAGAUAUAUAACUUACCCCUUAAAAUAUAUUGUCCUAUGAUUAUGUUGACAGGUCAUCAAAUAUUUCUUUUUGGAUAUAUAACUUACCCCUUAAUAUAAAUUGACCUGUGAUUAUGUUGACAAUACCGAGAUAUUUUUAGAAUAUGAAUUUUACAAAACCCAUGUCAUACGAUGAAUACUAAAAAUAAUAUUGUGUUUUUGUUAUUAUGAAUGUUAUCGACAUAAAAAGUUAUUUAUAAAAUUUGGUACAAACAACCUGUUUGGUUGAAUAUGGAUUUAUAAUUACGAUGUCAUUUAUAAGAGUAAUUAGCACUUAUCGUAGUAUAAGUCCAUUAUACGUUUGAUAUUAUGUUUUACAUAUUAAAAGUACCUACGUGUAAGUAGGAAUAGAAAUAGUACUAAGAUUUACACCCGUUUUCGCUAACCUAGAACAAGGCAAAGCUUUACUAGGAAACGCCUAAGCAGAUUAGUUUAAUUUUAAAUAAAUAUUUUUUUUCUUUUAUCCCGUGACACAUUUGACUUAACGCAUUUGUCAUAUAACGCAAAUACCAAGCGC